UUUGUCUUUUAAUUUCCUUUAAUAGCAUUUCUCACCGACCUGUUACUUCAAAUUCCCAAUUGCUUCUCACUAUAGCCUGUUUUAGAUUCCCUUCACCGGUAAUCUUUCGCCGGAACUUAGAUCUACAGCCGCCGCGAUAUCCGCCGGCUCUCACAUCGCCGUUUUCAGAGAAAUGUAUAACAAUGUUGGAACUCAGCCUGGGGUUCCAAGGCCGCCAACAAAUCCUCAGCCGAAUCCAUUUGGGAAUGCGUUUUAUGGAGCUGGUUCUGGACUUAUUAGAGGCGGACUUGGUGCUUAUGGAGAGAAAAUUCUUGGAUCCAGCUCUGAAUAUGUACAAAGCAAUAUAAGUAGGUAUUUCUCUGAUCCCCAGUACUAUUUUCAAGUGAACGAUCAAUAUGUGAGAAACAAAUUGAAGGUUGUUCUAUUUCCAUUUCUGCACAGGGGUCAUUGGACACGGAUAACAGAGCCUGUAGGGGGCAGGCUUUCCUACAAACCUCCAAUUUAUGAUAUAAAUGCACCAGACUUGUACAUUCCCUUCAUGGCAUUUGGCACAUACAUUGUGCUUGCUGGCUUGUCAUUGGGACUUAAUGGAAAGUUUAGUCCAGAAAACCUUAAUUGGCUGUUUGUGAAAGGAUUACUUGGCUGGUUUAUGCAAGUUGCUUUGCUUAAAGUAACUUUGCUUUCAUUGGGCAGUGGAGAGGCACCCUUGUUAGAUAUUGUGGCAUAUGCUGGUUAUACUUUCACAGGGAUGUGUAUUGCUGUCCUCGGGAGGAUCUUCAUCAACUACUCUUACUACUUUUUGAUGCCAUGGGCCUGCUUAUGCAUGGGAAUUUUCUUGGUGAAGACUAUGAAGAGAGUACUUUUCGCAGAGGUGAGGACUUAUGAUUCGAGCAGGCAUCAUUAUCUCUUGCUAUUCAUUGCUUUGGCUCAGUUCCCACUUUUCACGUGGCUUGGCAACAUUACAAUUAAUUGGCUUUUCUAAAACUGAAUUACUUUGCAUUUGUAUUAAGAAACAGUUAUGUGUUUGUAGAGCCAUUGAAUUUUUAUAGAAAGCUUUUGCUGUAGUUAAAAACUUUUCAGGUUUUA